AACAAACACCAGUUGGAGCAGUUUUUUUUCCCUCUAAGUAAAACCAGCAGAGGUGUCAGCCUCUCGACAUGCUGUGGCGAAGCUGUCAGAUAAAACAACCUCUUCUGAAGCAAACCCAUCGAUGAAUGAUCACUCAGCCUUAUUUACUCAAACCAGUUAAAGAAACGCUGCAGCCCGUUGGCCUAAGCGGACGCAUCAUGGUGGAUGUAAACAAAUGGCCCAUUUUCAGCUUGAUGGGGCCGGAGGAGCUCUCAUCAAUAAGGAUGGCCUGCGUGUUUGGCUCGUCUGCUAAUGAGGCCAUCUACAUCAGCAACGACGAGGAGGUUUUCGUUUUUGGGCUGAACUGCAGUAACUGCCUGGGAACGGGGGACAGCCAGAGCACCAUCGUCCCCAAAAAGCUGGACUUUCUGAGUGGCAGGAAGGUGGUGAGCCUCAGCUAUGGGAGCGGACCUCACAUCCUGCUGGCUACAGACGACGGGGAGCUCUAUGCAUGGGGGCACAAUGGCUACAGCCAGCUUGGAAAUGGGACGACCAAUCAAGGAGUAGCUCCUGUGGUCGUUUCUGCAAACCUGCUCAACAAGAAGGUCACAGAGGUGGCUUGUGGCUCCCACCACUCCAUGGCCUUAACCGACUCAGGAGAGGUGUAUGCGUGGGGCUACAAUAACUGUGGUCAGGUGGGCUCCGGCUCCACAGCAAACCAGCCUACACCUCGCAGAGUCUCCAGCUGCCUGCAGAACAAGCUGGCCAUCAGCAUCGUCUGUGGUCAGACCUCGUCUCUGGCCUUGGUGGACAACGGAGAGGUGUAUGGGUGGGGCUACAAUGGGAACGGGCAACUUGGACUUGGUAACAACGGAAACCAGCUCACUCCUUGUCGACUUGUAGGUCUGCAAGGUGUAUGUGUGCAACAGAUCGUCUCCGGCUACGCUCACUCGCUGGCGCUGACAGACGAGGGUUUACUUUAUGCUUGGGGUGCUAACACUUAUGGGCAGCUGGGCACAGGGAACAAGAGCAACCAGCUGAGCCCGGUUCAGAUCCUGCCGGAGAAGGAGAGAAUCGUGGAGGUCGCCGCCUGUCACUCCACUCACACGUCUGCUGCUAAGACCCAGAGUGGUCAGGUGUACAUGUGGGGCCAGUGCCGGGGUCAGUCCAUCGUGCUGCCCCACCUCACCCACUUCUCUUGCACAGAUGACGUCUUUGCAUGCUUCGCCACGCCCUCCGUAAUGUGGCGCCCUCUUUCCAUGGAGCAUGAUGACUUUCUAACUGUGGCUCAGGCUCUAAAGAGGGAGUUUGAUAACCCAGAGACAGCCGACCUUAAGUUCUGCGUUGACGGCAAAUACAUCUAUGUCCACAAAGCAGUGCUGAAAAUCCGGUGCGAACACUUCCGGUCGAUGUUCCAGUCCCAUUGGAACGAAGACCUGAAGGAGGUGAUUGAAAUAGACCAGUUCUCCUACCCCGUCUAUCGCUCCUUCCUCCAGUUCCUCUACACAGACAACGUGGAGCUGCCUCCUGAAGAUGCCAUCGGGCUACUGGAUCUGGCCACAUCUUACUGUGAGAACCGCCUCAAGCGUCUGUGUCAGCAUAUCAUCAAGAGGGGAAUCACAGUGGAGAACGCCUUCUCUCUGCUGUCUGCUGCUGUGCGCUACGACGCCGAGGACCUGGAGGAGUUCUGCUUCAAGUUCUGUGUAAACCACCUGACUGAGGUGACCCAGACGGCUGCUUUCUGGCAGAUCGACGGCAAUUUGCUUAAAGAUUUUAUAUGUCGAGCAAGUCGAUGUGGAGCCUUCAGAAACUAAACCUGGACUGCAGGAAGUGAUGGGAGCACAUGCAGAGAGGAGCUUCCUGCAAACCAUCAAAUCCAGUCAGUCUCUAUCCAUGGUGGAAUAGUUCAGGGUCCCUCAAUUCCAGUCCUCCAGAACCAGAACUGAGGAACCAUGGUCUGGUUUGAGAGGAAUCGUUAGCCAGAAUUUGUGCGUCAGCGGUAACCUUGAUAGGUGGUGUCUGAAUAGUGCUGGCAGAGAGGAAGGAGGCAGGAAGAGUCGGAAGCUUCCUAUUAUGGUUCCUUCAGGAUAGGGAGCUUUUGAGGUCCCUCACUGGCUUUAAGGAGGUAUUAGGAAUCCCACCAUACUUAGUGUGAAAGGACGUAGGCACAGACCACCCCAGGUGUAGUUUGUAUGACACAUCCAGAUGUACACCAUCAUAUUUUGGUUUUCAUUUGUAGUUCUUUUUCGGAAUGCUGUAUUCCCAGACUGACAAGCAUCGUACAUGUGGGAUCCCAUCAUGUAUGGACGUCCAGAAGGCUAAAAGGCACAGCAGUUCACAGGCUCCUUUCCGAUCCACAAUUCUUACUGUUUACUUCAGGGAUGGUGAAGGAACAAAAGCC